AUGUAUGUACAGUGGCUGCGGCAAGCGCGAGUUGCACGAGCCAUGCGUUUGUCCCUGAAGUUGAAAGUGCCCCGAGAUGGUCCAGGGUUGGAACUAUUGGUAUCAAGGUGGUGUAGUUCAACACACACCUUUGUGGCAAAGUGGGGGGAGUUUACACCCACGCUGGAGGAUGUGGCCCAAUUACUUAGGCUACAUGUCAUCGGUAGGGGGUUUACAGUGCCCCCAACGAUGGAUGCAGCCGAGAAGGGAAUAAUGGCUGCGCUGGAAGAGGGGUUGGAGAGGACCAAAAACUAUGGGUCUUUUUUCAACACAAAGGGAGCGAGACACGAUGAAAGGGCAGAGGGAGCCAGGAAGAGCACAACAGGGGCAUGGAUACGUUAUUGGUUUAAGGAUUUGCAGCCAUUGUUCAAGGGGAAGAAGUCAGAGCGUCCCUUUGUCGAUGGGGACAAGAUUGGGCACCUGGCAGAGCUCGCAGCCUAUGUACUGUGCUGGUUAUCUAAGUAUGUAUUCCCAGGCACUCCAGAUGAUGUACCCUUAAGUCGAUGGUGCCUAAUUGCGGUGAAGAUCGCAAGUGGAGUGGUGAUCCCCUUGGGGCCAUUAUUCUUGGGGAUAUUAUACCAUCGAUUGGACAUGAUCGCAGAGAAUAGUGCACGCUCAGUUGGUCGAUACCCCAUGGUAUCCUAUGUGGCGACUGGGUUUUUGCAGAUGUAUCUGUACGAGCGCUUCCCUGCUUACGGGCCUAUCCCGCUGGAGUUAAGCAAUCAAGGAGCGCGAGGGAGGCGCUGGAAUAGGCGAUGUUGUAGAGUACCACUCGGAGAGGUGAUCGACUCUGAGCGAGAGUUUGUUUUCAGACCUUACAGGGAGGAUAUAGCUGGAGUGGCGGACUUGGGGAUAUACUAG